UCUAUCGCAACAAGAAAUGCCAAGAAGCUAUUUAAGCGCUAGGACUUCCGUUAAUUGUUUAUUUCUUUAAUGAAAGAUGUGCAGUGCUGUAUCUAUAUGAUCGAAAUUUGGAUUUUUUUAAUUAAUUUUUAACUUAACGAAAUUGUAAAUCUAUCUACAAUGGCUGCUAUGACUUAUACAGUGGUUUUAGCAAUUGCACUAAUUGUUUUGGUGGAAUAUAGUUACGCUCUGCCACAAUUUCCACAAAGAAGGAUUCCAGGAUCUUCCGAUGAAAAUUAUCCACCACAACCGUACGAAUUUGAAUAUAAAGUCGACAACUCUCCUUCGAGCACCUUCUUCGGCCAGACUGAAUCUGGAGACGCCCAAGGACGCGUCGUUGGAAAUUACUACGUCCUGUUGGCAGAUGGAAGGCUAAUGAACGUGGAGUACUCCGUGGAUGGCGAGUCUGGAUUUGUUCCAAGGAUAACUUUCAGUCCGCAAGGUGCCCCUGUCACAUCGGCACCACGACUGGGUUAAAUUACCGAUUUGCGAAAUAUUCAGCUUCUUAAUUAUAAAAUAUGUAAUCG